AUGGGAGUGUUUGUAGGGACACAAGCGGAGAGGGAAGAGAAGGUGUCUCUGGAGCUCAGCGAAGAAAUUCUUCAGAGUAUGGAAGUAGGAAUGGCCUUCAAAGACUACAAUGGUAGAAUUAGUUCGUUGGAUUUUCACAGGGCAUCCAGUUAUCUUGUGACUGCUAGUGAUGAUGAAUCCAUUCGACUGUACGAGUUUACCAGUGGAACAUGUUUGAAGACAAUUAAUAGCAAGAAGUAUGGGGUUGACCUGGUUUGCUUCACAUCUCAUCCUACAACUGUCAUCUACUCUUCAAAAAAUGGUUGGGAUGAAUCUUUGCGGCUUCUAUCUUUACAUGAUAACAAGUAUUUGAGAUAUUUCAAAGGUCACCAUGACAGGGUAGUGUCGCUAAGCUUGUGCUCUCGGAAAGACUGCUUUAUAUCUGGUUCUCUAGAUCGAACUGUUUUACUGUGGGAUCAAAGGGCUGAAAAGUGUCAGGGACUUUUACGCGUGCAAGGAAGGCCAGCUAUAUCAUAUGAUGAUCAAGGGCUUGUCUUUGCAGUUGCCUUUGGAGGAUUCAUAAGAAUGUUUGAUGCUCGCAAGUAUGAAAAGGGUCCCUUUGAGAUAUUUUCUGUUGGGGGAGAUAUCUCUGAUGCUAAUGUUGUGAAAUUUAGUAAUGAUGGGAGACUCAUGCUUUUAACAACGGCAGAUGGGCAUAUUCAUGUGCUUGAUUCAUUUCGUGGCACACUUUUAUCCACAUAUAAUGUCACACCUGUCUCAUGCAACUCCACAUUAGAAGCUUCUUUCAGCCCCGAGGGAAUGUUUGUCAUAUCUGGUUCUGGGGAUGGAAGCAUCUAUGCAUGGAGUGUUCGAAGUGGCAAAGAAGUUGCAAGUUGGAGGAGUGCAACUUCUGAUACUGGACCUCCUGUAAUAAAGUGGGCUCCUGGAAGUCUUAUGUUUACUUCUGGAUCAUCUGAGUUGUCAUUCUGGAUUCCAGAUUUGUCUAAGUUGGGAUCUUAUGUUGGAAGAAAGUAG